AUGUCAGCUCAUAUCACAAGUAAUCGACGCCUUGAUGUUGCCUUUAUACAUCCGGAUCUUGGAAUAGGAGGCGCAGAACGUUUGGUGGUGGAUGCGGCAAUGGCCAUAAAAAACAUGAAAAAUGAUUCUGGAAAAGAGAAUGUGGUUAAAGUGCUAACUUCGCAUUGUGAUCUGAACCAUUGCUUUGAGGAGGUGCGAAAUGGUGAGCUCAAGGUGUAUGUUUAUGGGGAUUUUCUUCCCACGAACUUAUUUGGAAUGUUUUCCAUCGUGUUUGCAUUUCUACGGCAAUUGUACCUAGUCCUAUUAUUGAUAUUCACCGGGAAGUUGAACAACUACGAUGUGAUAUUUGUGGACCAAUUGGCAUACUGCAUUCCCUUGCUACACUUUUAUAAGCGUCCCGAGGCAAAGAUUAUAUUCUACUGCCAUUUUCCAGACAAAUUAUUGGCAUCCCAUCAUGGUGUUUUGAGAUCAUUGUACAGAUACGUUUUUGAUGGAAUUGAGGAAUGGACUACGAGAUCUGCGGACAUUAUUGUGGUUAACUCCGAGUUUACAAAGCAGACAGUUUUGAAACAGUUUAAAAGUAUUGCCAAGGAAAAGAGACCAUUGAAUGUUGUUUAUCCAUGCGUUCCAUCUAGAGUGGAUAUAGAUGAAAGAUCUAUAAGUCGCGUUUCAAGUUUCUUCGGAAAGAGCAGCUUUUUCCUAUCAGUGAACAGAUUCGAAAGAAAGAAGCAUAUCGAACUCGCUAUUGACUCGUAUGAUCUGUAUCUAAAAUUGGAAGGUGCAGAUACAAAGGAAAGAUUGGUGAUAUCCGGAGGAUACGAUGAACGGGUGUCUGAGAACAAAACAUACUUGGAAGACCUCAAGAGUAAAUGUGAGGACUUGGGACUUUCAUAUGCUAUUACCACCUUAGCGUUGGAAGAAGACGAACUGGGCGAUAGCCAGGUGAUAUUCAUGCCAUCAAUAGCUACUGAUAUAAAGAAUGCGCUACUAUCAAGAACGGACUUGCUUAUGUACACACCAUCAUAUGAACACUUUGGGAUUGUUCCUGUGGAAGCAAUGAGGAUGGGGAAGCUGGUUCUUGCAGAUAAUACAGGUGGACCGUUGGAAACGGUGGUGAACUAUUCAUCAAAUAAGGACUCGUACACUGGUUUCACCGUUAAAGCCGAUGCACAGGAGUGGAGUAAAACUCUUUUUUUUGUCAAGUCAUUACCUGAGACAGAGCUCGAAACUGUGUCAAACAGAUGCGUGGCACGUGCCGAGUCUACAUUUUCGUUUUCAGCCAUGCAGAAGGCAUUGGCAAGAGCUAUUGAUACAUCGGAGCCAAAAGUGUACCAUCAUGAGAAGGUGGCACCAUACUUUGCAAUUUCAUUUGUUACAUUACUAGUUGCAGCAGGGAUUAUCAUGAAGUCCUAG